AUGAGCGCCCUCCGUGCUUCGAGAGCCGCUCUGCGAGCUCGCACCGCUCUCAAGGCCCCCGUCCAGCGAAGAGGCUACGCCGACGCCGUCUCCGACAAGAUCAAGCUCUCCUUGUCUCUUCCCCAUACUUCUAUCUACAAAUCUCAAGAUGUUGUGCAAGUCAACAUUCCCGCCGAGUCUGGAGAGAUGGGUAUCCUCGCUCAGCACGUCCCUUCUAUCGAGCAGCUGAAGCCCGGUCUGGUCGAGGUCAUUGAGGAAGCCGGUGGCAGCAAGCAGUUCUUCCUCUCUGGCGGCUUUGCCGUUGUUCAACCCGACUCGCAAUUGAGCAUCAACGCCGUUGAGGGUUACGCUCUCGAAGAUUUCAGUGAAGAGGCUGUCCGAUCGCAGAUCUCCGAGGCGCAAAAGGUUGCUGGCGGCAGUGGAAGUGAGCAGGACAUUGCUGAGGCUAAGAUCGAGCUUGAGGUUCUCGAAUCUUUGCAAGCUGCUAUGAAGUAG